AUGAAUGACCUCAUGAUUCCCCUUAAAGAAAUCUUUGACAUCAUGCGUGCCGAGAUCCGCUACCUCCGGGAUGCCUGGCCUGAGGCAAUCCUCAUAUGGGUCGACAUCCUCGAACGAGGUGGCUGGGAUCGGAAAGAUGUACGUAAGAUGAAGAGGGUCAACCGCUUCGGUCGAGUGGAGGUCUUGUCCACAGGCAAGUCGGAUUACUGGCGGCCAGACAUCUCCACGGACGAACAGGGCUUGAGUGUUCGACUAGUAAAUGGGUCCAGACCAAGCGAGGGGCGUCUCGAAGUCUUUUACAACAACACAUGGGGUACAGUGUGUGGUGACGAUUUCAACAAUUUUGCAGCAACAGUUGUUUGUCGCAUGCUGGGAUACAAUAGAAACUUGGGCAAAGCUGCAGUAAAGUAUUCGGCCACAUAUGGACAGGGUACUGGCCCUAAAUGGCUGGAUGACGUGAGGUGCAACGGCAGCGAGUCGAGUUUGUUUAACUGCCAUGCCAACUGGGGAACGCACAACUGUGGUCAUAGCAAAGAUGUCGGAGUGGAUUGUAGCUUCAAUAUUCGGCUGGUAAAUGGAUCCAAGCCUAGCCAGGGGCGUCUCGAAGUCUUCGACAACAACACCUGGGGUACAGUCUGUGAUGACGGCUUCAACAGUUCGGCGGCUGAAGUUGUUUGUCGAAUGCUGGGAUUCACCGGAAACUUGACCACAGCUGCAGCCAAGAAUGGGGCCACUUAUGGACAGGGUACCGGUCCAAUAUUGCUGGAUGACGUGAGAUGCGACGGUACCGAGUCAAGUUUGUCCUACUGCCAGGCCAACUGGGGCACGCACAACUGUAGUCAUAGCGAAAUUGUCGGAGUGGAUUGUAACUUCAAUAUUCGGCUGGUAAAUGGAUCCAAGCCUAACCAAGGGCGUCUUGAAGUCUUCUACAACAAUACCUGGGGUACAGUCUGUGAUGACGGCUUCAACAGUUCGGCGGCUAAAGUUGUUUGUCGCAUGCUGGGAUUCACCGGAAAGUUGAUCACAGCUGCAGCCAAGAAUGGGGCCACUUAUGGGCAUGGUACCGGUCCAAUAUUGCUAGAUGAUGUGAGAUGCGACGGUACCGAGUCGAGUUUGUCGUACUGCAAGGCCAACUGGGGCACGCACAACUGUGGUCAUAGCAAAAUUGUCGGAGUGGAUUGUACUGCAGCCAAGAAUGCGACAACUUAUGGGCAGGGUACCGGUCUAAUAUUGCUGGAUGAUGUGAGGUGCGACGGUACCGAGUCAAGUUUGUCCUACUGCCAGGCCAACUGGGGCAAGCACAACUGUUGGAAUUUAGAAGAAGUCGGAGUGGAUUCUGCAGCCAAGAAUAGGGCUACUUAUGGGCAGGGUACCGGUCCAAUAUUGCUGGAUGAUGUGAGAUGCGACGGUACCGAGUCGAGUUUGUCCUACUGCCAGGCCAACUGGGGCACGCACAACUGUGGUCAUAGCGAAAUUGUCGGAGUGGAUUGUAGCCUGAAUAUUCGACUAGUAAAUGGGUCCAGACCAAGCGAGGGGCGUCUCGAGGUUUUUUACAAUAACGCAUGGGGUACAGUCUGUGAUGACGACUUCGACACUUUAGCAGCAACAGUUGUUUGUCGCAUGCUUGGAUUCACGGGAAACUUGAUCACAGCCGAAGCCAAGCAUGGAGCCACUUAUGGACAGGGUACCGGUCCAAUAUUGCUGGAUGAUGUGAGAUGCGACGGUGAUGAGUGGAGUUUGUCCUACUGCCAGACAAAUAAAUGGGGCGAGCACAACUGUAAUCAUGCGAAAGAUGUCGGAGUGGAUUGUGGCCUGGAUAUUCGACUAGUAAAUGGAUCCAGGUUUAAUCGGGGGCGUCUCGAGGUGUUCUACAACAACACUUGGGGAACGGUCUGUGAUGACGAUUUUAACAUUUUAGCAGCAAAAGUUGUAUGUCGCUUGCUGGGAUUCACUGGUAUCCAACCCGCGGUCCUGAAAUCGGCAGCUUUUGGAAGGGGUCCCGGUCCAAUAUGGCUUGAUGAAGUGCGAUGUAACGGUUCUGAGACGAGUUUGUCCAACUGCCAAGCCAAUAACUGGGGUGUGAACGAUUGCGAUCAUAACGAAGAUGUCGGAGUAAAUUGCGUGUUGGCGUGGUUUGAGAACUAA